AUGACUGAGGAAGAAAAUCCUGCGGAAAAAAUGGAAAAACUACUUGACACGCUUGACGAAUUGAGAGCUUCGGUGAACCAAGUGUGCAAUUACUUUGAGAGGCUCUUUUCAGGAAAAGGUGAUGAAUUGGCACAAAUAAGAAAAGUCUUAUUUCAUGGACAAGGACAAUCCUUUGAUAAGAGUGUCUCCCACAAACUGGCCAAAUUAUGCGAAGACGCAGAAAACUGCGUUGAUAGAUUCGAAAAAUUGCUGUACAAUUCAAAAAAUGAAUUUCAACAUGCCGAGGAUACAGCGUUAAAAUGGGAAAUUAAUCCGCCGAAAUUCAUAACGGGAUCAGGAUUUUAUGAAACACCAAAAAGAUCAUCAAAUCAUGUUCAAGAAAUGCAAAGUAAUACGCAGUUGGCGAAAAGUUGUUUUCAACAAAAAUAUAACAUCUAUUUUAAAUCUCGAAAAUUUAUUGAAGAUUAUGAGAUUUCGUCUGAUAAAAAAAGAGAUGACGCAAGUGAAUUACCUGAGAUUCUUGAUGCAUGGCUGUCUCGCGCAAAAAAAGAUCGAACUUAUCACGUAGAAUUGGAAAAAAUUGGAACAGAUGCUAAAGGACGAUUACAAGGAUUCAUGGUCUCCUUGAAUAAUGUAAUAAAAGCAGGCGUUUCGUUGACUUAUGAGGCGAAUUAUGACUCCACUAUAUUAUUAGUUUCUCGUGUAGCAAUAUUUGGAUAUUAUGAGAAGAAAAAAAUACAUGAAUCGUCCGAUAUUCUUCUCUUUCAACGAAUCACACAACUUGCAAUUAAUAUCUUACAACAACUCGAUCAAAAAAAUAUUAUAAACGAACUAUUGGAUUGGAUAUCCAAUUAUCAUGACCUAUUCUCAGUUCGGUGUCAUAAAUGUAGGAAAUUUCUUGCCUUUCAAAAUCCCGACGAUAAAUUCCUACUGCCAAUUUGGCGAAUUACAUCAGAACAAGAUGGUCGAAUGCUGCCGUAUCAUGGAGGAUGUUUGACUGGUGUAGUGUUAUUUGAAGAGUGA